CCACAGUUGACAGUGCAUGUCAGAGAGGAAACUAGACCAUGAAGUCUGAGGAACUGAGUUUACAACACAAUCCUGCCAUACAUACUUUUUUUGGGAUAAUCAGCCUCUUCUCUGCUGGCCUGUCGUCUGCUUCUGAACACCAUGGAUGGUCAAGUCCAGAUUAUCACACAGGCUAAUCUGGAGGCUCUACAGAAGACGCUGGAAGAGUUGGAUCUAGAUGAGCAGCAGAUGAAGCACUUGGAGGCUUUCCUCACCCAGAAAGCCAAAGUGGGCGAGCUGAAAGACGAUGACUUCCACCGCAUCUGUGAGCUGGGCACUGGCAAUGGAGGCGUGGUCAACAAGGUGUGCCACAAACCCUCAGGCCUGGUCAUGGCCAGAAAACUGAUCCAUCUGGAGAUCAAGCCAGCCAUCAGAAACAAGAUCGUCAGAGAGCUACAGUUGCUACAUGAGUUAAACUCGCCCUACAUCGUUAGUUUCUACGGGGCCUUCUACAGCGACGGAGAAAUCAGCAUCUGCAUGGAACACAUGGAUGGGGGCUCCCUGGACCAGGUGCUGAAGGAGGCCAAGAGGAUCCCUGAGGAGAUCCUAGGGAAAGUCAGCAUUGCGGUUCUCAGAGGGUUAGCCUAUAUACGAGAAAAACACCAGAUCAUGCACAGAGAUGUGAAGCCCUCUAACAUCCUGGUGAACUCUCUUGGGGAGAUCAAGUUGUGUGACUUUGGUGUGAGUGGACAGCUCAUAGACUCCAUGGCCAACUCCUUUGUGGGAACACGCUCCUACAUGGCGCCGGAGCGAUUGCAGGGCACCCAUUACUCUGUUCAGUCUGACCUGUGGAGUAUGGGCCUGUCUCUGGUGGAGCUGUCUAUCGGCCGGUACCCCAUCCCCCCUCCUGACGCCAAGGAGCUGGAGACCAUCUUCGGCCGGCCCAUCAUGGAUGGGACCGAGGGAGUCAUGCACCGCAGCACCUCACCCAAACCCCCCGGGGGCAGACCUGCCAGCAGCCAUGGUCCUAUGAUGGCCAUCUUUGAGCUGCUGGACUACAUUGUCAACGAGCCUCCCCCUGAACUGCCCCAUGGAGUAUUCACUUCUGAUUUCCAUGACUUUGUGACUAGAUGUCUCAUCAAGAACCCAACAGACCGGGCUGACCUGGAUAUGCUGAUGAGCCACACGUUUAUCAAGCGCGCUGAGGUAGAGGAGGUGGACUUUGCUGGCUGGCUCUGUAAAACCAUUGGGCUGAACCAACCCAGCACUCCCCCAAGCACUGCAGACUAGACACACACACACACAGUGGCCUGUGGAUACACAAGCAGCCUCUACAACCACAUGUUUACAAAAACACUUUCCUUGUCAGCCCCCUUUCCUCUCAGGUGAUCCUGGUAUGAACUGGCCCUUGUCAGUCACUCUCCUCUGUCAGAAACAAGCCCAAAGUUACAACCUUAACAUUGCUUCAAUGGUGUGGUUAGGGCAACCCCUCACUGUCUGAUUCCCCUAUCAGACCGUCAAAGCGGUCUGGCUGUUGUAGUCUGCAGUAUCAAUAGUGUGGCAUCAGGGAGCUUCAUUACCCUGGACGAGAUGUAUACAGACUCAGGCGGUGAACUCUUAACUCACAAUCUUCACAGUUGGCAAAGUUUUGGUUUUGACAUGUAUCUACAGUGCCUUCAGAAAAUAUUCACAUCCCUGGACUUUGUCCACAUUUUGUUACAGCCUGAAUUUAAAAUGGAUUAAGUUUAGAUUUGUCACUGAUCUACACAAAAUACCCCAUAAUGUCAGUGGAAUUGUUUCUCAAUGUAUUAAAAAUUAAAAGCUGAAAUGUCUUUA